GGGCAGCGCCAGUCGUGUCCCAGCAGCGGCACCGUCGACAUGUAGCUGCGCCGGCGUGACUUUCUUUCCGCUCGUGCUCCUCGCCCUGGUCGUCGAGGCGUUAGUGUUAGCGAGAUAGGCCUACACGCGGGUGUAUUGUUUUUCUUUCUUAGGCCCAACAGGAGUGUGCAGUGAGUGAUGUUUAACUUAAGUCAAAACGCAACUAGUACCUGAGAGAUUAAGAUAUAUUUUAUAAAUGUAUAUAUGUCUGUGUAUAUAUAUAUGAAUAAAAGAGAGCACCCCCAAAAAAACUUUAACAAAUAACAAACAAAAACAAAAAAACAAAGAGAGACAAAGUAAAUAGACCGAUAGACAAACCUCCAAAAAAAAUAAAGACAAUGAGAGCGAGAGCGUCUUACCCUGAGGGACGCCGAAAACUCCUGAUGGCGGCACUGGGUUUCUUGUCCCUGAUGGUGUUAGCGCCGGUUGCUGUGGCCCAGUUCAAGACGGAGCGGCCGCCGUAUCCGGACUUCCUUAAUUACGGAAAGAAAAAGUUCACCAAGCCCGGGAUCGAACUGGAGAAUGAGAUUAUCAAGUCCAAAGUCGAGGUUUUGGGGGAGAUCCUCAAGAGCCACGUCCAUCAGCUGAGACAGGCACCGGGCCAGAGGGUGGAGCUGGUUUUCCUCGUCGACGCCUCUGCCUCCGUCGGCGCCGAGAACUUUUUCAAUGAGAUUAAGUUCGUCAAGAAGCUGUUGGCGGACUUCGCUGUCUCGUAUAACCAGACCCGGGUCGCUGUCAUCACGUUUUCGAGCAAGACCAAGGUGAUACGACACAUCGAUCACGUGACCCAAGCAUCCCCUGACAACCACAAAUGCACCCUGUUAGAAACGGAACUGCCAAGAAUCAAGUACUCAGGUGGCGGAACCUACACCUUGGGGGCAAUGCUGGAAGCUCAGAGCGUCCUCGCCCUCGCCCGCAACGACGCCAGGAAAGCCGUGUUCCUGGUGACGGACGGCUACAGUAACGGGGGUGACCCAAGACCCGCAGCCGCUUUCCUGCAGGCAAGGGGCGUCACGAUCUUCACCUUCGGCAUCAGGAAUGGCAAUGUUAAGGAACUGUAUGACAUGGCAUCUGUGCCGAAGGAGGAACACUCUUACAUUCUCGACACCUUUGAGGAGUUCGAAGCCCUGGCGAGGAGGGCUCUCCACGAAGACCUACACAGCGGCUUCCUCAUCCACCAGCCUCCCCGGACGUGUGGGAAACUGUGCGAGGAAGGAACCUACUGCUGUGACGCCGAUGCAGCUUGCACGUGCGACACACACACGGGGCACUACGCCUGCACGUGUCGCAAGGGAUACUAUGGCACGGGGAUUCUGGGCGACUGUAGACCGUGUCCCCCUGGAACCUACCGGACGCACCAAGGGCCCGGCGACAUGUCCUCGUGCUCACCGUGUCCAGACCCGCACAUGGUGAGCGACGCGGCCUCCACUUCGCCCCAGCAGUGCUACUGUAAGAGGGGCUUCAAGCAAGUGGGCCAGGAGUGCCUCAUGUUGCAGUGCCCAGUGCUCGCGCCUCCGGAAAACGGCUACUUCGUGCGCAACACUUGCAACAACGUGGUCAACGCGGCGUGCGGCGUGCGUUGCAACCCUGGCUACACCCUCAAGGGCUCCUCCAUCAGGAUGUGCGGCGAGAAUGGCGAAUGGACGGGGUGGAACGCCCGAUGUGUCAUGAAAUCCUGCCCAAAUCUCAAGCCCAUGGCCCACGGGACGAUGGUGUGCACGCAGCCCACGCCCAUCAUGGACACCGAGUGCCACUUCACCUGCGAUCCGGGAUACCAGCUCGUGGGGUCUAAGAUGAGGACCUGCCUGCCGGUGGCCAUGUGGGACGGGAUACCAGCCUAUUGCAAACCCAUCUUCUGCCCGCGCCUUCCUCCUCUCCUCAACGGCAGGAUCCGACCCGGUUCCUGCUCCUCCUCCAAGUCCAAGUACGGAUCGAGGUGCGAGUUCGCCUGCGAGUCCGGGUACCAGAUAAGUGGACCGAUUAAGACCACUUGCAUCGACCCUGGAGUGUGGUCGGAGGGCCAUAAGUCUCCUCGGUGUGUAGACGUAACUCCACCAGUGAUUCAGUGUCCAGAGAACAUAACAACAUCGACCGAACCUCACGAAGUCUAUGCGAACGUCACCUGGAAUCCACCUCAUGUAAAAGAUAACUCCAAGGGCAAGGUCAAAGUACACACAGUCCCGGCCACCAGUCAGCCCAUGAAAAUGAAACUAGGGAACCACACUAUUACUUACGUCGCCAUGGACAAACUUGGGAACAAAGCGUCGUGCGAAUUUUCUAUCACCGUUGUUGACAAGGAACCACCACGAAUUGAUGAGUGUCUAUCCCCUCCUGUCUUCCUAUCCCACGAGGAAGUGGUAGACGUGUAUUGGGAGGAACCCAUAUUUUCGGAUAAUUCUGGAGGAGAAGUGAAGAUAACGCGAUCCAAGGAACCCGGGCAGUUCCCUCAAGGAGAUACCUUAGUAGAAUACUGGGCAGAAGACGCGGCAGGCAACGUAGCAACUUGCAACAUCACCAUCACGGUUCAAAUGACGUCCGUGUCAAACAGCAUCUCUCAGUACGGCGAGAUGGCAAUGGGAGAAGAGGACGACUCCAUCUGCGAUGACAUCUUCUUCAUGGGGCAGGUUGAAAAUCAGCUAGAAAAGAAACUGGAAGACGCACUUACAGCCAUGUGCUCUGAUGACGUAGUGUGCGAGGUGGCAGCGGUGGAGGCUGUGUGCGAAAGCAUCCUCGCCGACGCAGAGGAAGAAUUCAACUCCAUUGGCUUCUUCAGGAGAAGAAGGUCGGCGGAAGAAGACGUCCUGAACCGAUACUGGCCCCUGCGACACUCCGAAGCAGGCUGGCUGUACUGGCAGAGGGGGGCGGCAGGCGCGGCGGGAGAGAGGGUCAAGCGAGACGCUCUUCUGCGGGAGUUCGAUGCGCUCGACGACUUCCAGCGCCGAAAGAGGCAGUUCGGCCUGACGAUUCAACAGUUUCUCGGCGAGAAGACGACGACUCAGGCCCCGGCGACGGCGAACAGCAGGGGCGAGAACUACCUCGGAGUCCUCAUCGACCUCAUCACCAAAUCCCUCGCGUCCGACGUCAGCACCGUGCGGUUCAACUCCUUCCUCACCAAACUGAGUCCUCAUGAGGGGGACUUCACAACCAACGACUUCCUCCAAGCUUUCUCAGAGGAGUUCGGCGAGGACAAGACCAACAGGCUCCGCGAACUGGCCGGCAAGCAGCUGAGUGGCAUGAAGAUCCCGGGGAUUCAUCCUCUUGACGAAACGCAAGCCAAGAACCGCACGGCAAGAGACAACGACAGCGACCCUUUCCCCUCGUUUCCCGGCGAUGAAAUCUCGUCGAAUGACUACGGCGUCGAUUACGGUUCCCCUUCUAUCAUGUUCCCGGGUGAUCUCGACCCGACAACGCCCGCGCCCCCUGAGGGCAAGAGGACUUUUAAGAUACGAUUCACUGUAGAAGGUCACGGUUCAGGAGCGAAGGACCAGGUAGGAGAGGCUAUGGAUGGCCUCCUUAAAGCCGCGGGUGAUGGCCAGUUAGACGUGAACUUUGGCCAACGGCAGCUCCGUGUAGCGGCCAUAAGGCUCAAGGAAAAUCCAGAAUACCUUUGCGAACCUGGGAGCAUCUCGCAGGGGGACAAGUGCGUGAAAUGUCCCGUUGGCACCUUCUUCAACGUGGUGCUAAAGGAGUGCCAGUCGUGCCCAAAAGGGUCAUUCCAGCCCCAGGAGGGCCAGGUGUCAUGCAUCGUGUGUCCCUCCAACACCUCAACGAAAGUCAGUAGUGCCAAGAGUGACCAGGACUGUAAAGCCCAGUGUCUGCCGGGGUCCUUCUCCGAGGACGGGCUGGAGCCGUGCGUGACGUGCGACCUUGGCCAGUACCAGGACGAAUAUGCUUCUUUCUCAUGUGCUUCUUGUCCGCACAACACCACGACUUGGAGGAGAGGUUGCUGGGUCAUCGAAGAGUGCCAGCCGGCCUGUGAACCUGGCUCAGUGUCAGAGACGGGGCUGCAGCCUUGCUUCGAAUGUCCCGUUGGCUUUUUCCAGGAGAAGAGCGGCCAGACAGCGUGCUUCAGGUGCCCUCACGGCGCGGAGACUGACGGCCAAGGCUCUACCUCAUUCUUCCAAUGCCAUGGCGUCACUGAGGGAGAUCAGGCGGCGCACACGAGCCUGGACACCCUGACCAUCAACGACUGCUUCAGCACCCCUUGCCUCCACGGCGGGUCCUGCAGCGCCUUAGACUUCGGAUACGUGUGCCAGUGUGUUUCCGGUUAUUCAGGCCAGCAGUGCGAGACCGAGAUCGACGAGUGCGAAAGCGACCCCUGCUUCAACGGGGGGACUUGCCUCGACAUGCUCGACGGCUUCCACUGCGAGUGUCCGCCGGGCUUCACGGGCUCCCAGUGCGAAGUCGACAUCAACGAGUGUGAGCCCGACCCCUGUCAGAACGGUGGCACUUGCGCCGACCUCACCGAUUCUUUCAAGUGUAUCUGCCAGAGUGGCUACACUGGCGAGGUGUGCGACAUGGACAUCGACGAGUGCGCCACCGGCCCUUGCGCAGAGGGGGCGACGUGCGAGGACCGCCUGAACGACGUGUUGUGCGUGUGUCCCCCGGGCGUGACGGGGCGGUUCUGCGAGACGCCCAUCAACGAGUGCGAGUCCUCACCCUGCGAGCACGGCCUCUGCAUCGACCAGGUCAACGCAUUUAAGUGCGUGUGUGAAUCGGGUUUCGAAGGCGACACAUGCGCCAUAAACACAGACGACUGUGCCUCUGCCCCGUGCCAGAACGGGGGCACUUGCACGGACUGGGUCAACGGCUUCUCGUGUGCCUGCAGCCCUGGAUACACUGGCACCAACUGCGAAACAGAGAUGUCAACGGAUUUCGUCCUCGAUUUCCCCAAGUCAGGAAUUUUGGAUUACGCGGCCAUAGAAAAGGUUUCUCGUCCCAUGAACAGCUCAUCGGCGUGCUUCUGGAUGAAAACGGAUGACCGCGACAACUACGGAACGCCCUUCAGCUACGCCACGGAUUCCCAUGACAACGCCUUCACUGUCACUGACUAUAGCGGAUUUGUGUUGUAUGUGAACGGCGAUAAGCGCAUCACAGAUGUCGGUGCCAACGACGGGCUGUGGCACUUUGUGUGUGUCACCUGGAAGAGCUUUAACGGGACUUGGGCCAUUUACCUGGACGGCCAGCUGGCCGACAGUGGCACUGGAUUGGCACCGAAUGCGACCAUAGAAGCCUCAGGGACGCUGGUGUUAGGACAGGAGCAGGACCAACGCGGCGGCAGCUACAGUCCGCAGGAGUCCUUCCGCGGAGAAAUAACGCUCUUGAACCUGUGGGACGAGGAGCUCUCGCCGGCCGACGUCGCAGGAAUCUUCUCCCGCUGCGACAGAUACGUCGGGAGCGUCGCCGGGUGGCCGGACUUCCAGGCUGGGAUCAAGGGGCAGGUCAAGGUGAAGCCGUCAACCUUCUGCCGUGGCUGUGGCGUCCCCUCGAAGCCCAGCAACGGCCAGGUGCAGGUGAACGGCGGAGGUGCAGGCGCGGUGGCAAACAUCGAGUGCGACCAAGGCUUCAAGUUGUAUACCGGCGACGCUGAGAGAACGUGCCUUGUGCAUGGCAUGUGGUCCGGGCCAGAGCCGGAAUGUCGACGCGUUACGUGUGGCUUCCCCGGGUACCUGCUGAACGGACACGUGAAUGGCACCGCAUAUAGCUUUGGGGACGUCGUCAGCUACACGUGCAAAGCCGGCUUCGUGAUCCGCGGGGUGAGCAGCAGAACUUGCCAGGACGACGGGAUUUGGACGGGAGAACACCCCGAGUGCGAAGUAAUCAAGUGCCCGAAUCUCCACGCGGGUCCCAACGGCCAGGUGACCAGUCAUCUCGGGAACUACAUGCCCACCAACCAGAUAUCCUUCGCCUGCGAGGAAGGGUACCUGAUGGACGGCCCUGCGGUGCUCACUUGCGGCGGCGACGGCGAAUGGAGCGGGGAUCCUCCUGCCUGCCAGUCGGAGGCUUGCGGGGAGAUGCCCAGCAUCGUGAAUGGGUACGCAGAGGGCGGCCCCGUCGUACGGCCCGGGGAACAGGUGGAGGUCAAGUGCAACGCAGGCUACAAACUGCAGGGCGACCCCAUGGUCACGUGCAAGGACGACUUCACGUGGUCGCGUCCGCUCCCCAAGUGCAACGUCCCCAAGUGCGAGAAACCUCCGGCUGUCGUUAACGGAAGGGUCAAGGUGCGCGCUUCAACCGUCUCCAGGGAAGCCGUCUACAUGUGCGAUCCUGGCUUCGUCGUGGUAGGGGCAAAGACCCUUUCCUGUGGCGCAGAUGGCGAGUGGAGCGGGCCUUGGUCCACGUGUGAAGCACUACCCUGCCCCAACCCUACUGUGCCUGCCCACGCCGUCAUGCCCAAGAAGGAUGUGUGGCGAGUCGGAGACCUCCUGGCGUAUGAGUGCGAGUUGGGGUACCUUCUGCAGGGGAGCAGUUUCACCGAGUGUAUCGACAACGGCGGCAAAGGCGAGUGGAAUGGCGCGGUUCCCAAGUGUGUGAUUGCUACGUGUCCGCCGCCCAACAAGCCCGAGAAUGGGAUCGUUUCAGUCGUGCACAAGCCUCAGAACCCUUCAGGUGACCUCAAUACCUUAGUCCUCCCAGCGGUGUCCGGGGAGUCUGAAUCUCGUAGAAAACGCAGUCUAGAUUUUCCGAGUUUUCCAAGUAUUGGCCAGUCUAGUUCUGACGACGACCCUGAUUGGCUACCGGAUGAUUAUGAUUAUGAUAACUCGCAUGGUACUGGUCAAUCUUCGCUCGAUUACACUGAUUAUUCACAGAGCACAGGCCUGUCUACCACAGACUAUGAUUAUACUGGACAGAAAUCAGGCGGCUUUGAUGUCUUUGGAAAUGUUGGGGGUUCUGAUUAUGAAGACUUCGGCCAGCAAACAGGUGGCUUCGAACUUUCUCAAAGUACAGGACAGUCUGCUGAUUAUGAAGACUUCGGACAGCAAACGGGUGGCUUCGAACUUUCUCAAAGUACAGGGCAGUCUGCUGAUUAUGAAGACUUCGGACAGCAAAGUGGCUUUCAAUUAGGAACAGGUCAGUCCACAGAUUUUGACUACGCUGGACAGAAUACAGGCCAGACAUUUAUAUCUUAUGACGACUUGUCUCAGUCUAGUACACAACAAAGUGCUGGUGAUCUCAGUCUGGUACAAAAGGGUGACUAUGUAUAUGGUGUAGAAAUUGAAUACGACUGCAGCCUUGGGUAUAAACUUCUUGGUGCCCGAAAAAGACACUGCACAGAAACAGGUGACUGGGAUUCACCAGAACCUCGAUGUUACGAACAGUUCUGCUCCGAGUUACCCCCUGUGCAGAAUGGAUAUAUCAUUUACCAUGGGUCUGGCGUUAAUAGUCAAGCAGAAUAUGUAUGUAAUCCUGGCUACAGCCUUGUUGGGGCAGACUUUCAACUUUUGUGCCAGAUGGAUAAAACAUGGGUGGGAGAAAUACCCACUUGUGAGAUCAUGGACUGUGGAGACCCACCAGAUAUCGAAAACGGAACUAUCUCAUUCACAACAACCACUUACGGUUCUAUGGCAACAUAUGACUGCUUCUUUGGGUUCGUGAUAGAGGGAAGCUUCGAGCGAUACUGUGGAGCUUUGGGCUUCUGGAAUGGCUCUGUUCCUCGCUGUAUUGCUGUUACCUGUAACCCACCUGAGGUGAUUGAUAAUGGUUACAUAAGCUUUGAUGGGAGCCUGUAUGUAGGUUCCCCAAUAGAGUACGAGUGCAAGGUUUGUUACAAGCUGAAUGGAACACGAUACAGAACCUGCAAUACAGAUGGUACAUGGACCCUGGAGGAACCAACUUGCAACCAAAUAUACUGCAGUGAAAUUCCUGCUAGCAUCCCGAAUGGGAGAGUUAUAGGUGAUGAUAAUUCCUGUGGCUCACUCGUGGAAUACGAGUGUUCUCCUGGGUAUCGCAGAAAUGGCAGGCGAAAUGCCACAUGUAAAGAGACUGGAAAGUGGAGUUCGGAAACGCCAGUAUGCGAGAGGAUCACCUGUGGACCGCCACCUCUUUUGGCAAAUGGUCAUCACAUAGGUCAGUCGUAUGAUUUCACAGACAAAAUUACCUUUGAGUGUAAUGAAGGCUACCUCAUGACUGGACCCAAAUUACGUGUUUGCCAAGCAGACGGCACGUGGUCUGAGUCUUCUCCCAUGUGUAACAUUGUAAAUUGCACCAAGCCUCAAGGGGUCUCAAAUGCAAAGAUAAGGAUGAGUGGUCUGUUCUUUGGGUCUUAUAUUGAGGUGGUAUGCAAUCCAGGAUACACCAUGGAUGGGGACAAAGACCUAAUGUGUAAUGCGGAUGGAAACUGGGAUAAAGAAAUGCCAUACUGUUUGCCAGUCAUUUGCCCACCUGCUCCCCAACUACCAUAUGCAACUUACAACUCGAGUGAGAAACAGUUCGAAGCCUUCACGGUCUUGAAAUAUACCUGUGACAGUGGAUAUCGUUCUGCAGGAUCAAAUGACAUUUUGACAUGUGGAGCUACAGGUGAAUGGGAAGGCGAAGCAAUUCAGUGUCAGCCUGUGGACUGUGGGGAUCCUGGUACUCUACAUGGCGAUAUUGGCGGGAGCAAUCACACUUUCGGUGGCGUGAUUACCUUUACCUGCAAUCCAGGUUACAAGCUUUUGGGUUCCCCGACAACAGAGUGUUUAGCUGACGGCUCCUGGAGCAAUUAUGUCACUUCCUGUAUACAGAUCUUAUGCCCAUCCCCGUUGCAGAUUACAAAUGGAAAGAUAGUGUCGGGUGGCAGUGGUAGUGCAUUUGGUGCUACCGUAACAUAUGAAUGUGGCCCCGGAUACAUAAUGACUGGUGAUGCCACCCGGACGUGUACUGACAGCGGAUCCUGGACUGGAGACAACCCACAGUGUAAACCGGUGACUUGUCCAGAGCCAUUCGAGGCUCUGAAUGCUGAGAGAGAGGGUGACAUUUUCGAAUUCGACCACAGCAUCAAAUACAAAUGUACGGAAGGCUUUACAAUGCAGGGUGAGGAUGAGAUAACCUGCAGAGCAGAUGGAACAUGGUCAGAUGCAGUCCCUGUAUGUGAGAUGGUGACCUGUCCUACCAUACCCGAUAUCGCGCAUGGUAGAUGGGAACUCAGAUCCUUGGCCGAAGUACCCUUCAAGACGGAGCCUAUUACUGCUAAGGGGCAUGCCAAAGGACGUGCUAAGGGGCGUACAAAAGAUCAUGGAAAAGUCGCCAAAUCUGCCAAACUCCAGGAACUCUUGCAGAACGCGGGCGACGAAGGCAUCGUUCAUAAUUUCGGUGACCUGGUCGAGUUCGAAUGCGAUCCAGGUUAUGACAUGACCACCAGUUCCUUGCUCGAGUGCACCGAACGAGGCUGGAGUGCUCCUGUGCCGCAGUGUCACCCCGUCAUAUGUCCCAUCCCUAUCCAGAUCCCCCAAGGAAGUAUCACCGGUAGCAAUUACACCUUCGGCAACACGAUCACCUAUACGUGCGAGGAAGGCCACGAGUUAAUCGGGGAAACCAUCCGAACUUGCCAGGAAAACAAGGAGUGGAGUGACACGGAGCCGUUCUGCAAGGAGGUCGAGUGCCCGCGGCCGGCUCCCCUGGACGACGGGCAGACCAUUGGCACUGACAUUACGUACCAGUCCAUUCUCUCCUACGUCUGUGACCCAGGGUUCAAGCUGGAAGGGGUUAAAACUAGGACGUGUGGCAGCGACGGACACUGGACCGACGAGCAGCCAACUUGCGUCGAAGUGUUCUGUUCUGUCCCUGACGAAGUCGCUCACGGCACGAGGAACAUCAUCAGCCUUAGGGUAGGCGGCACAGUGAGGUACACCUGCAUGGAGGGCUACCGCAUGCAGGGCGCGGCGACACUCAACUGUGCUAACGACGGCGUGUGGGACUCGGCCGCUCCGAGGUGCGUGCAGGUGGACUGCGGCCCCGCGCCCUCCGCCCCCUUCGUCGUCAGCCACGGCGACUACACCGUUUACGGUUCGAAGGUGAGCUUUGGGUGCGAGCGAGGCUACCGCGCCGAGGGCCCCGAGUGGACCACCUGCCUGCAGUCCGGCAGCUGGAGCAACGAAGCACCCGACUGCCAGCUGGUCGUGUGCCCGCCGCCCUCCGCCCCUGCGCACGGACGAGUGCUGAAUCACGGACAUGUGGCCCCCGACGAUGACGAUGACUCCUCAGCAGAACGAGAGAUCGAAGAGAUGCUCCCGGUCAUCCCGAGGAAGGGCGGGACGAAGACGAAGAAGACGAAGAAGGGGAAGAAAGGGAGAGGAAAAGCACCAGCGAAACUCGUGUCCCAAGAUUACCGCGUGGACGACGUAGUGACCUGGACCUGUGACGAAGGGUUCAGUACGUUCGGAGACACGAACGCCACCUGCCUCGAGGACGGCUCGUGGUCCUCGACGCCCCCGAGAUGCAGGAGGAUCUUCUGUGGAAUCCCCACUCUGCCUGACUACGCCAACGUCAAGGGCGACGACUUCCUAUACGGAGCCAACGUCACGUACUCCUGUAGGGAGGGAUACGAACUGGAAGGAGAGAGCAUCCUCACCUGCACUGCCAGCGGCACGUGGAGUUCCGAAGUACCCACCUGCCAGCCGGUGUCUUGCGGGCCGCCCACGGUCACGCCGCACACACAAGUCACUUACAUUCUCCCCGAACACAACCAACAACACAGCUUCGGUUCCACGGCCUCCUACUUCUGUCGGGAAGGCUACGAACUUAUCGGCGCGCAGUACCAAGUAUGCGAAGUGAACGGCGACUGGGUGGGAGGCUCGCACACCUGCGUGGAAAGGCUCUGCGAGGAAUCCCCGGCGCUGGCUCUCGGUUCCGUCACGAGGGACGACAAAACGCGGCCGCAGGCGGCCCACUUCUCCUGCCUGCCGGGAUACAAUCUCGUGGGCGACAGCUUCGUGACUUGCAGUCUGGGGAAAUGGCAAGAUUAUAACACGACCUGCCAGCCCGUCAACUGCUACGAGCCCGAAAUCCCGAGCUACGGCAAGAUCACCGCCAAGCACUUCACCUUCGGCAGCGUGGCCAACUACUCGUGCGUGUACGGCUACAUGCUCGUCGGGAAUCCGUCGGUCGAGUGCGACGUCGACGGCUCAUGGAAGGGGGCGAUGCCGGUGUGCCAGCCCGUGGACUGUGGCGUGCCGGAGGCUCCGGCAAAUGGCCAGGUGGAGUCAACCUAUACUGACCUGGGUGCUGAGGCGCUGUACCACUGCGACACAGGCUACGAGCUCUUCGGCAACGACACGAGGACCUGCAACGCCAACGCGAGCUGGAGCGGCAACCUCCCACAGUGCCACCGCGUGGACUGCGGCGAAGUGAAGCCGCCUCACAAGGGCUUCGUGAUGGGCGCCCUGACGCUCUACGGAGACCGCGUCAAGUUCGCCUGCGAGAAAGGCUACGUCCUGCGCGGCCAAGACGAGGCGACGUGCGGCGAAUCCGGCGUCUGGUCCUCCGAGGUCCCCGCCUGCGAGCGCGUGCGUUGCGUCGACCCCAUCGCCCCCCCCAACGCCGAACUGCCACCGUCUGCCCCGAGUUCCUACGCUUACCAGGACCGCGUUCACUUCCGGUGUAAGGAGGGAUACCUGAUGCGAGGGAAGCUCUCCUCUACCUGCCUGGCCUCCUCGUCGUGGUCUCCUGUGAGCGGCCAGUGCAGCAAAAUAUCGUGCGGGCGUCCGAAGAUGAAGGAAGGGGGCGUCGUGGUCCGCGGAAGGUACUACUACCAGGACCGAGUGGUAUAUCGGUGUCCUUCGGGCAAAGUUCCCAAUGGAACGAAAGUGCUGACGUGCCAGGCUGACGGAACGUGGUCGGGAGUGGCAGCGUGUGUGAAGAAAUGCGCCAAACGGUGCCUCAACGGUGGCAUCUGUCUCAACAACAUCUGCUCUUGUCCGCCGGGUUAUCAAGGCAACAGAUGUCAACAUGCCCAGUGCCCGUUGCCCUGCCUGCACGGGGGCAUCUGUACGGGUCCUCAUCGCUGCACCUGCAUCCCAGGAUACACCGGGCCUCGUUGCGAAACGUACGUGUGCGAGAACGGCUGCGGCGACCAAGGGACGUGCAUCGGACCUAACGUUUGUCACUGCGACCGCGGCUACAUAGGGCCCGCUUGCGACACGGAAGACUAUGACUAUUAUCGAGGGUAGCGGACUCCUCGCAGCUCAGGCCCCUUCAAGUCACCCUCGAAGCGUGGCCGGUCCUCAGGCAUCUUCAGAAAGGACGGAAAGAGAAAAAAAAAUAUAUAAAGAUCUAAGUGUCCUACCAACCGAGGACAUUUCUUCAUGUAGAGAUAAAACUAAAUAACGCAUAGGUCUUAUACUGUUUGUACGAUAAACAAAUCUCUCAAGCAUUGUGUACUAAUAAUAAAAUGCGGCUCUUUACUUCAUAGCAGAGUAGAUUACAGGAUAUUAGCUAUAAUUUCUGUAUAUAGUAUUCUCAUAAUGGACGUUGGUGUUUUGUACCAUUAGUAAUGCAAUGAGGAAAACCUGUAGUCAUUAUCAAAGAUAUCUGUACGAGAAAACAUAUCACAAA